AUGAAUGAUAUUAUAAAUUUAUCAUAUGAUGUUAUAUUAGAAAGGCUGAGGAAAAAAAGCUCUUAUGAGAUUUCUGUGAGGAAAUAUUGUGAUAUGAUAAAAUGUAGAAGAGAUAAAGAGGAACAUAUGUUAGACCCUCCAAAAAAAGAAGCAACUAAUGGAAUGAUUAACUUACAAAAUGAAGAAAUAAAAAAAAAUAAUAAAAUUAAUUUAAUAUAUAAUGUAACAAAUGAAGAGGUAGAAAACAAAACAUUACAAGAGAAACAUAUAGAUGAUAUAAAUGAAAAAAAAAAAGAUUUUGAUGAAGUGAUAUUAUCAUUAUAUACAGAUCUUAUGGACCUCAUGAAUUAUAAUAAUUUUUUUAUAAAAGAUUGUGUAUUCACUUUUAUUUUGGAUGAUAAGAAUGGAUAUAAAGGGAAGUUAGAUUUAUGCUUUGGAAGAAUAGAAAAAGAAGAAGAAGAAGAAGAAAAUAAAAAUUGUUCUAAUGAUAUGUCCAAAGAAUAUUUAAACAGUUAUGAUGAUAAUAAAGUAAAAGAUAAUGUGAUAAAAAAAAAAAAAGAAAGUAAUAAUAAUAUUUAUGAUAACAAUGAUAGAUAUAUUUUUUUUGAACAUUAUGAAAUAUAUGGGAAUAUAAAAAAUAAUAUUAAAGAUAUAUUAAGAAAUACUUUUGAAUGUUUAUUUUUUGGCAUAGUAGAAGAAUAUAAUAUAAUAUUAAAAAUAAAUUAUUGUAAUCGUAUUAAAGAAAUAUAUAAUUAUAUACUAUUUAAUGAAGAGAUUUAUAAAACUCUUGAAUAUACAGAUUAUAUUAAAAUAGAUAUAAAUAAAAUUCAUUUUGAUAUUAUAGAUUAUUCUUUUAUAUUUUCAAAAAAUAUAAAAAACUUUGUAAAUUAUUUAAAAUAUGUUAAAGAUAUACAUUCUUGUUCCUAUCUUAUUUCUUUAUUAAUUCGUAACAUAGCUUAUAUAAAUAAUAUAUAUAAAUAUACAUCUCAAUUAUUUAUUUAUAAUAAUUCAAGUAAUGAAUAUAAUACUAUAUUUUUACGAUUUUAUAUAAAUAAUAAAAAAGAAAUAUUUGAAAAAAUUGGUAUUUUAAAAAAAAAAAUUACCUCAGAAAAUGUUAUUGAUAUUGAUAUUUGUAUAUAUGAUAAUAUAAAAAAUAUAUUUAUUAAUAAAUAUAAUAUGUCCUUUCCUGAGGAACAUAUUAUAUUAUCAUAUGUUCAAUAUUAUUAUGUCUAUAAACCUGUGAAUAUGAAAAAAUAUUCUUAUUAUAACACAAAUUAUUCUUAUAUUUUCUCAACAAAAAAAGAAUCGAAGAUAUCUAACACAACACAUAUAAUAUGUUCAUCUGAUGAUCAUCAGACGUUAGAUCUAAAUUAUGAAAAUAUUCCAUAUAUUAAAAGUAAACCAUUACAAAAAAAUAUUAGGAAAUACAUGAAAUGUAAAGGAACAGAUAAAAUAAAUAUUGUAAAGGAUAAGAUGAAAUUAAAUGAUACGCAAGAAAUAUAUGAUGAUGAUGAUCAUCAUAAAGAUUAUAGCUAUGAUAUAUGUGACACAUAUGAUACAUAUAACACAUAUGAUAUAGAUGACACAUAUGAUAUAGAUGACAAAGAUGACGAUGAUUAUAAUUAUAAUUAUAAUAAUUAUUAUUAUAAUAAUCCAAACACAUAUGAAAGGAAACAAAACCAUAAACAUCUUAGCAAUAACAAAAAAAGAUAUAACGAUGGAUCAAUGAAAUAUAAAAUGUUAGACGAUCAUUUUAAUAAAGAGGAAUCAAUUAAAAAAAUAAAUAGACAAAAUAAAGAAUAUAAUUAUGAUACAAAUAAAUAUAAUUCUGAUUCUAAUUAUAUGAAUAACUGUAUUACGUCUAUUAUAUAUGAUGAAAAGGAAAAUCAAAAAGAAGAGAGAAAAAUAUAUACACAUAAUUCUACAGUUGCCAUAUUAAAUAAUAAAAAUUGUUCAUCUAGAAAAAUUGUCACAAGAAGUAUGAAAUAUAAGACUGCUAGUUCGAUUGAAACAGAUGAAGAUUAUAAAAGUUAUUUAAAUGAUAUAGAUAUAUUAGAUGAUACAUUUAUUAUUAAAGAAAAUAUUGUUGUAGAAAAAUUAAUGUUAGAUGAUGAACUUGAAAAAAUGCUUACAGAAAGGAUGAAUGAACAGAAUGAUAAUAUUGUAACAUUAAAGAAUAGAAAAAUAAAAGCAUUAAAUUUAAACAUGCAUGAAAAGGAUAAUUAUAUAAAUUUUUAUAGUGAUGAUAAUGAAUUUGAUGUAGAAAUUAAUAAAUGUGUAUGGGAAAAUGAAGACAUUGUCAAAAGGAAUAAACGAAAAAGAAGAAGAAAAAGAAAAAAAAAACAUAUACAAAGGCAAAUACAAAAACAAAGACAAAUACAAAUACAAAUACAAAGACAAAAACAAAUACUAAGAGAACCAGAUAAUAUAAACAAUUAUAUGAUAAACGAAUAUCAGAAUAAUAUAUAUCAAGAUAUAAUUAUUUGUGAUAAAGUUUAUGAACAUGUAGAGAAUACAUGUAAUAAUAAAGAAAGAUUUUAUAACGAUAAUUUUAAAAUGAAGAAUACAUAUAAUUAUAAAAAGAGACCUUAUAAUUAUAUCACAGACAUGUGUAAUAAAAAUGUUGUGAAUAAAAGAAGAAAGAUAUCUUCUUUAGAUAAGGAUGAAAGUUUUACUUUAAAAAAAAAUGAUGCAAAUGAUAAAAAUAAAAUGAAAAAUUUAUUUUAUUCAGAGUUUUUAUUUGAUUAUAAUCCAUGGAUUGAUAAUAAUGUGAAUAAAAAUCUUCAGGACGUUUUUUAUGAAAAACAAUUUUAUAAAAUUAUGAAUGAGAAUUUUGAGGUCUAUACUAUUGAGGAUGAGGAGGAAAAUAAGAAAGAUGAAGAUAAUAAAGAGGAAAAUAAGAAAGAUGAAGAUAAUAAAGAGGAAAAUAAGAAAGAUGAAAAUAAGAUAGAUGAAAAUAAGAUAGAUGAAGACAAUAAAGAUGAAAAUAAGAUAGAUGAAGACAAUGCAGAUCAAUCUGGUAAGGAUAAAUUUAUUGAAGAGGAAAAUAUUGAAUACCACGAUAAGAAUAAUAAUAAUAUAAUAAAGAAACUAAUAGAAGUAUAUAAUGUAGAAAAUGACAGUGUCACAAUGUAUAUUGUAAAUAAUGAAGAUGAAAAUAAAAAGAAUAAACAAAAUGAACAUAUUUUAAAAAAAGAUAGUAAUAGUAUUGAUUUAUUUAAUAGAGAAAAUAAAAAGGAUAUAAAAAAUAAGACAUAUACAAAUAUAAAAAAUAUAAACAUGAAUUUGUAUACAAAUAUGUUGAAGAAAUGUCCAAAUAAUAUAUUGAAAAAAAGUAUGAUGCAUAAAAAUAUAAUAAAAGAAAAGAUGAAUAAUGAAAAAUAUAAAAAUAAUAAAAUAAAUAAUAAUGAGAAUAAAAAUAAAAAUCAAUGUAAUAAUAAUUUGGAAAUUAUAAGUAUGAAUAAUACUCCAAAUUCUAAAUAUAUGUAUAAUCAUUUUGAAAAUAAAUCUAUAACAGAAUCUGUAUAUAAUGAUAUUAUGAAAAAUCUUAGUAGAAAUAUGUACUUUUUAAAUAAUGAAGAUAAUAUAUUAAAUUGUGUAUCUAAUUAUAAACAUUUAUUGAAAAAUAUUUUAUAUUUUGAAAAUGUAAUAGAAAAAUAUAAUAUCCAUAUGCGUGUAAUACCUGCUUUAAAUAUACAAAGCGUCAGAUCGAAUAGAGAAAAUAAAUAUGAAAUGAAUGAAAAUAAUCCAAAUAAAUUAUCAGAUGGAAAUUAUAAUAAAAAUAAAGAAAAGGAUAAUCAUAUGAAUAAACUUAAAAAAAUAAUUCAUAAUAUAAAAAAUAAAUGUAGAGAAUAUAAAAAUACAUUAUAUAAAUAUAAAACAUAUAUGUAUUGUAAAUAUAUAUAUGGAAAACAAAAUUGUAGCCUGUUCAUAAAUAGGCAAAAUAAAAGUAAAAAUAAAAAUAAAAAUAAGAAUAAAAAUAAAAAUAAAAAUAAGAAUAAGAAUAAGAAUAAGAAAUGUUUAAUAAGUUAA